UUUCUAAUUCUCUCGAUCUCCUUCUCCUUCUUCUUCGAUCUCAAUCAAUUCUCUCAGUUUCGUUACAUUAAACUGAGCUCACCCUUUCGAGUCCUCUUCACUUAAUAUAAGAUAUGGCCGCAGUAGCAGACAGCCAACAUCCUUGGGCAUUUGCAUUUGGCAUAUUAGGUAAUCUGAUUUCCUUCAUGGUUUACUUAGCCCCAGUACCAACGUUUUACCGGAUUUACAAAAAGAAAUCAACUGAAGGUUUCCAGUCUGUGCCAUAUCUGGUAGCACUGUUUAGUGCCACGCUUUGGCUUUACUAUGCCAUGUUGAAGCAAAAUGCUGUGCUUCUCAUCACAAUCAACACUUUCGGAAGUGUGAUAGAGACUCUCUACAUUGCCAUGUACAUUGUUUAUGCAACAAAGGAUUCAAGGAAAUUGACUAUCAAAUUACUCGGGUUUAUGAACUUGGGACUCUUCUCGUUGAUCCUCAUCAUUUUACAAUACGCAUUUCAUAGUCAAUACCGUGCCCCGGUUCUUGGAUGGAUCAAUGUUGGCAUUUCAGUUUGUGUUUUUGCAGCGCCCUUAAGUAUUGUGGCACAGGUGAUCCGCACAAAAAGUGUUGAAUUUAUGCCAUUCAGCUUAUCAUUCUUCCUUACUUUGAGUGCCGUGAUGUGGUUUGCCUAUGGACUGUUCCUGAAGGACAUAUGCAUAGCACUUCCAAACGUUUUAGGUUUUAUGUUGGGUCUCCUUCAGAUGCUGCUCUACACCAUAUACAGAAACCGCAAGCAGGUCAUAGUUGAUGAAGAGAUGAAGCUUCCGGCACCAGAGCAGACGAAAAAUAUCGUGAUUCUUAGCACUAUCGCAACUUCUGAAGUUCAUCCCGUGGAUGCUAAGCCGUGCGAUGGCAAUGACGUCGAAGACGUGGGCGGCAAAGAUGGAAACAAGGAAGGUGAUCGUGAUGAACAUGACAAGUGCGUGGUGGUGGUGGUGAACGUGGAUGCAUCGGGUGAGCUUCAACUGAAAUCGGAUGAACCAGGUGAAGUGUGAGGUUCAACCACAAAGUAUAACACUUACGACAUGUCGGACUUGAUUGCCAGCUUGAGAGUAGCUUCUUCUGGCUUCUACUAUAUUGAUCUGCUCAGCUAUGAGUAAGGGUGGAUAAAGAAAGCUACAGGCCUACAGCCAUGGUGCUUUCACUUGUGUAAUCAUGGUUAACUUAG